AUGAGAACUUACCAGUACUUCUUGCUGCUCUUUUGGGUUGGUCAGCCCUACCCAACUUUCUCAGCUCCGUUAUCUAAGAGGACUAGUGGUUUCCCGGCCAAGAAAAGGGCCCUGGAGCUCUCUGGAAACAGCAAAAAUGAGCUGAACCGUUCGAAAAGGAGCUGGAUGUGGAAUCAGUUCUUUCUACUGGAGGAAUACACAGGAUCCGAUUAUCAGUACGUGGGCAAGUUACAUUCAGACCAGGAUAGAGGAGAUGGAUCACUUAAAUAUAUCCUUUCAGGAGAUGGAGCAGGAGAUCUCUUCAUUAUCAAUGAAAACACAGGCGACAUACAGGCCACCAAGAGGCUGGACAGGGAAGAAAAACCCGUUUACAUCCUUCGCGCUCAAGCUAUCAACAGAAAGACUGGGAGGCCCGUGGAGCCCGAAUCUGAAUUCAUCAUCAAGAUCCAUGACAUCAAUGACAAUGAACCAAUUUUCACCAAGGAGGUUUACACGGCCACUGUCCCUGAAAUGUCUGAUGUCGGCACAUUUGUUGUCCAGGUCACUGCUACUGAUGCUGAUGAUCCAACAUACGGGAACAGUGCUAAAGUUGUCUAUAGCAUCCUACAGGGACAGCCCUAUUUUUCAGUGGAAUCAGAAACAGGUAUCAUCAAGACAGCUUUGCUCAACAUGGAUCGAGAAAACAGGGAGCAAUACCAAGUGGUCAUCCAGGCCAAGGACAUGGGUGGCCAAAUGGGAGGCUUAUCGGGGACCACCACGGUGAACAUCACGCUGACUGACGUCAACGAUAACCCUCCUCGCUUCCCCCAGAGCACCUACCAGUUUAAAAUCCCUGAAUCUUCUCCACCGGGCACACCCAUCGGCAGGAUCAAAGCGAGCGAUGCCGACAUGGGAGAAAACGCUGAGAUUGAGUACAGCAUCACAGAUGGCGAGGGCCUCGACAUGUUUGACGUCAUCACUGACCAGGAAACCCAGGAAGGGAUUAUAACUGUCAAAAAGCUCUUAGACUUUGAAAAGCAGAAAGUGUACACUCUCAAGGUGGAAGCCUCCAAUCCUCAUGUGGAGCCCCGGUUUCUCUACCUGGGUCCAUUCAAAGACUCGGCCACAGUCAGAAUCGUAGUGGAGGACGUGGACGAGCCUCCUGUCUUCAGUAAACUGGCCUACAUUGUGCAAGUGAGAGAAGACGCUCAAGUUAACACGACCAUAGGCUCCGUCUCAGCUCAGGAUCCAGAUGCCGCCAGGAAUCCUGUUAGGUAUUCUGUGGAUCGACACACAGAUAUGGACAGAAUAUUCAACAUUGAUUCUGGAAACGGUUCCAUUUUUACAUCGAAACUUCUUGACCGAGAAACACUGCUGUGGCACAACAUUACAGUGAUAGCGACAGAGAUUAAUAAUCCAAAGCAAAGUAGCAGAGUACCUCUAUAUAUUAAAGUUCUAGACGUCAAUGACAAUGCCCCAGAAUUUGCUGAGUUCUACGAAACCUUCGUCUGUGAGAAAGCAAAGGCAGACCAGUUGAUUCAGACCCUACGUGCUGUUGACAAGGACGACCCAUACAGUGGGCACCAAUUCUCAUUCUCAUUGGCCCCUGAAGCAGCCAUUGGCUCAAACUUUACCAUUCAAGAUAACAAAGACAACACCGCAGGAAUCCUAACUCGGAAAAAUGGCUAUAACAGACACGAGAUGAGCACCUAUCUCCUGCCUGUGGUCAUUUCAGACAACGACUACCCAGUCCAAAGCAGCACUGGGACAGUGACUGUCCGGGUCUGUGCAUGUGACCACCAUGGGAACAUGCAGUCCUGCCAUGCUGAGGCCCUCAUCCACCCCACGGGACUGAGCACGGGGGCUCUGGUUGCCAUCCUUCUGUGCAUCGUGAUCCUACUAGUGACAGUGGUGUUGUUUGCAGCUCUGAGGCGGCAGCGAAAAAAAGAACCUUUGAUCAUUUCCAAAGAGGACAUCAGAGAUAACAUUGUCAGUUACAACGACGAAGGUGGUGGAGAAGAGGACACUCAGGCCUUUGAUAUCGGCACCCUGAGGAAUCCUGAAGCCAUAGAGGACAACAAAUUACGCAGGGACAUCGUGCCCGAAACCCUUUUUCUACCCCGACGGACUCCAACCGCUCGCGACAACACCGAUGUCAGAGAUUUCAUUAACCAAAGGUUAAAGGAAAAUGACACGGACCCCACUGCUCCUCCCUACGACUCCUUGGCCACCUACGCUUACGAAGGCACCGGCUCAGUGGCCGAUUCCCUGAGCUCGCUGGAGUCGGUGACCACGGAUGGAGACCAGGACUACGACUACCUUAGUGACUGGGGCCCUCGGUUCAAAAAGCUCGCAGAUAUGUAUGGAGGGGUGGACAGUGACAAAGACUCCUAA